AUGGCAGAAACAACAAUCACAGCACAGAGGCUGAAAGAACUUUUGGUUCGACUUCCUCACGAGUGCAUUGGAAUAGACCUCCGCGGGGUUGCGCGCGGUAAGUAUGCCAAGGUGAUACUCAAGCACCUAUGGUGGCUGGUCCGAAACCCUGACACUUCUCUGAACCACAGGAAGCGGGCGCAAAUCAUUUUUAUCACCCUGGCGUUUUCUGCUGCUUCCGCAGCGUCUGGCGUAGGCUAUGCGAUAUACACACUAAUUUCGAGGCUGCGCGCCCGUACUUUCGGGAGAACACCCGUGAUGAGGAGGACAAGGUCACAGGUCAUGCUUGAAAACGGUGCGCGGGUCAUGUAUGUGCCCUACGAGGAAAACGCAACAAACAAGAAGCGCAUCCUGAUCAGCCCGAAAAGUGACGACAUGUAUGAGCACGAUAAGUUUCUGUUCAAGUAUUUCGGCAAGAACAAGAUUUCUCAGGUGUUUUACUCAAAGUUCAUCAGCCAACUGAACAUCAUUUCGCGGAUACUGGUACCGAAGGUCACCGACCAGAACUCUAUCUUGCUCAUCUUUCAAAUCUUCUUUCUCGUCAUGCGCACCUGGCUGUCGCUGUUUGUGGCGCGUCUCGACGGACAGAUCGUCAAGGACAUUAUAUCUGGGAACAGCCGAAAAUUCCUUGUCGACCUCUUGUGCUGGUUCCUCAUCGCAUUCCCCGCCUCUUACACCAACAGUGCCAUCAAGUACCUUCAGCGCAAGCUGAGUUUGAAUUUCAGGAUUAACCUUACACGGUACAUUCAUGACAUGUAUCUUGAUAAGAGGCUUGCAUUUUACAAACUGACGUUUGACAACCAAGCUUCGAGCUCGGUGAUUGCCAACAUUGACAACUCGAUAACCAACGAUGUUACGAAAUUUUGCGAUGCGAUUUGUUCAGUUUUCGCCAACAUCGCGAAGCCCGUGAUUGACCUAGUGUUCUUUUCUGUCUACCUCAGAGACAACCUUGGGACUGUCGGGAUUGUGGGCAUAUUCGUAAACUACUUUAUCACGGGCUACACACUCAAGCGCUGGACGCCCCCACUCGGUAGGCUUGUGAGUCAACGUUCAACGGCAGAAGGUGACUAUUACAACUAUCACCUCAACCUUAUCAACAACAAUGAGGAGAUUGCCUUUUACCAUGGAACUAAGGUUGAGCGCACAAAAGUGAACGCCCUCUACGAUCAUUUGAUGGACCAAAUGCUUUUAGUCGACCGCGUAAAGGUGAAUUACAACAUUUUGGAGGAUUACGUUUUGAAAUAUACGUGGUCUGCCCUUGGUUACGCAUUCGCUUCUAUUCCCAUCGUCAUAGCAACUUUCAGUUCCGGUGUAAACAAUGAAGAUGUCAAUAUGAGAGAGUUUAUUGUGAACAAAAGACUAAUGUUGUCGUUGGCAGAUGCGGGCGGUAGACUAAUGCAUUCUAUCAAAGAUAUUGCGCAGCUAACGGGCUAUACUAACAGAAUAUUCAUCUUACUCUCGGUAUUGCACAGGGUUCACUCUAAUGUGUACAAUUACGGUGCAACAGUUGAAGAAGGGGAAGAUUCUAGUGGCCACAAUUCUUUGACGAGCAGUGACAUUGUGCGUGGCACUCUUCAAAGAAACUUCAACGGUAUCAGGCUGGAAAAUAUAGACGUUGUCAUCCCUUCAAAAUAUGGAAAAGAUGGAACACGCCUUAUUAACAAACUCAGCUUUCAGGUGCCACCUGUCAUUACUCUUGGCAAUGGAAACUCCGAUUCCAACCUUAAUAUCAAUAAAAAGCUAGCUUUCCAAGGUCCAGGAAGUAGUAUGUUAAUAUUGGGCCCAAACGGCAGCGGCAAGACUUCGAUACAAAGGAUCAUCGCCGAAAUAUGGCCAAUAUACAACAAAAACGGGCUGUUGUCAAUUCCGCCUGCCUCUGACUUAUUUUGCGUUCCCCAAAAACCGUAUUUUAUCCAAGGAGGAACUUUCAGGGAGCAAAUCAUUUACCCAAUGUCAGCCGAUCAAUAUUUUGACAUGGGUUAUCGGGAUAAAGAGUUGACGCAUAUUCUGGGGGAGGUUAAGCUGGACUACCUUCUAAAGAGAGAUAAAGGAUGGAGAUACCUUGACGCAGUCGCCGAAUGGAAAGACGUAUUGAGUGGCGGUGAGAGGCAAAGAAUCAAUUUUGCUCGCAUCAUGUUCCACAAACCCAGAUUUGUAGUUCUCGAUGAAGCUACUAACGCUAUUAGUGCUGAUAUGGAAGAUUACUUAUUCGGUCUUUUGAAGAGAUACCGUUUUAACUUUAUCACUAUUUCUCAAAGGCCCUCUCUAAUCAAGUAUCAUGACCUCGCUUUAGACAUAUCAACCGACGGAACCUGGCGCUUGCAGAAUCUCGGCACUGACGAGGUUAUCACUUCAAUCGAGAAAGAGAUUGAGAUGCUAGAAAACAAACUGAAAAAUGUCAACGUUUGGGAAGGAGAGCGGGCAGCUUUAAUGAGAAAGCUUGCUCAUAUUUGA